AUGGUAGCUGAUAGCUCCAUUUCAACCGUAGCUGAUGGCAUCAUUCUUGUGGUGGAUGAUGGCACCAUUUCUGUGGUGGCUGAUGCCACCAUUAUGCUAAAGAAAAGUAUUGUCAGUCUGGUGCUGGUACUUGUGACGCUGGUCCGGCUUGCCGAAUCUGAAGGAAAACCUGAACUUUUUAGGGAAGAUUACAAUCGAUACUCCAUCAGAAGCUCUCUCAACAGAAGAACCCUAAAUAGUGGCGCUGACGUUGGAGGUGGACUCCCUAAUGACGCUCAUGGAGGAAGCCUGCUUAGUGCCCCUCACAAGGACGGAGUCGUACUUAAUGGCGUUCAUGACGGAGGUUUUCUUAACGACGCUUACAACCGAGGACUGUUCAAUGGAGUUCACAGCAGGUUUGUAGGAGAAAAAGGAGUAUAUGCUCCACCGGGUGGUUACUUUCACUAUGGACGACAAAAUGACCUAUUUAGAAGUGGAACAUUGGGAUUUAUUGGAAGUGUACACAAAGGAUUUGGUGGAGGCAUGGUAAGAGGGCACAUGGUCGUAUCAGGAACAAGACAUGGUGGCUCUGUUGGACUUGGAGGCACCAUAGGAUCAAAAUUUGAGAGAAGAAAUGGCGAAGGAAACGUUGCUGGGUUCGGCAGAGGUAUCUCUUACGACGGUAGACACGUGGCUAAAUUCGCUACCAGCGUCAAUCACUUCAGUCUUGGAACACCACUGGCGGUGUAUGGCGGCGGUAUUCUCCUUAACGGCAAAACAGUCUUACACAGAGGCUUCUUGGAUGUUCAAUCUGCCGGUACUUAUGGACCAGGAAGAUCUCUUGGAGUUCUCUCUUUAGGUUACGGAAGGUCGUUUGCUGCUCAUAACGGGUUAUAUGGCUCUGGGAGACCUUAUGAAGCUCUCCUUUCAGUCUUUCGAAAGUCUGCUAAUUUUCACGACUCAAGGAAUCUUCUCGGAUCUCACAGCCCAGGAUUUGAAAGAUUCUUCGGUGUUCAUUCUUGCGUUGGAAAUUUUUAUGGAAGAGGUUAUGGAAGAAAUUGAAAAUAAAUCUUUGUAUAUUAUACAAUGAGUAGUCUUGUACAGGGCGACCGAGGCAUCUGAGUGUAGUUUCAGAAUUUCUUUGUUAUUUGUUUUACCCAUGUUAUUUAUAAUAAUAAAAUAUAUGUCAAUUCUGAGAA